AUGGCCUUGGUGGCCAUCAAUGGCAGAAGCUGCUACAAUCAUCAUUUUUACCCGAGCUCAGGAGGAAAAGAGAAAGAUACCUUGAGGCUGAGGGCAGAGGAAUUGCGCAUCAUGUUACUGGGUGUGCUAAGAGGUCCUGGAAAAAGUUCAUCUGGAAACACCAUCCUCGGCUGUAACGCCUUCAACACGGACAUGCAGCUGAGCAGAGUCACACAGUUCUGUGAAAGAGCUUCUGGAAACAUCAACGGCCGACCCGUGGCUAUAAUCGACACGCCGGGGCCGGUGGGAAACUUAACUAAUGAGGACAAGAACAUACAUAAAUUAAUCCAGAACAUGUUUGGGAAGAACGUUUGGAAUUACACAGUUGUUCUGUUCACACACGGAGAUCGACUAGAGGGGAAAAUGCCAAAUGAUGUGAUUGCCAGCUCAGACAAAGACCUUAGAGACUUUAUCCGCACAUGCAGUGGAGGAUUUGUGUUCUUCAAUAACAAGAACAUGGGAAACUUUGAGCAAGUGACCAAACUACUGGAGAAGAUUGAUGCCUUGGUGGCCAUCAAUGGCAGAAGCUGCUACAAAUCGUCAUUUUACCCGAGCUCAGAGAGAAAGAUACGUGAAAAACAAGAGAAGAUUCUGGAGGAGAAACAGGAAGAGAUUGCACGAAAGGAGAGAGAGCUGGAGGAGAAUUAUGAAGAUAGGGAGGAGUUAGAGAGGAAAAAGCGUGAGCUCUGGAGAGUGGAAGAGGAAGAUGCACGGAGACUAGCCGAGAAUCCACCAAGACGCAAAACUCUAGCUAUAAAUCUCACCAGAGCCCACUCAUCUAUAAGAUCACAGAGCAUCCACUAA